AUGAGCAACGAUUUUGACACUAUCAUCAAGAACAUUAUAAAGGAUUCUCCAGCAGGUGAGCUCGAGGAAGUUUACCAAGAUUUAAUUACAAUUGCUGGAGAAAAUUCUAAAGAAACAAUUAUAGAUGCUAUUGCCGAAUAUAAUGUUGAAAACUCAAUUCCAAUUGAUGUUGAUGGUAAAGACGUUAUCAUUUCAAAAUAUAACAAGCAAGGCACUAAGUUCGUUGACCCAGUUAAUGGAAUACAAUUUUCCGUCGACCACCUUCAUCAAAAAGGUUUAGAUGUAGAAGAGUACAGUGCAGACAUUGAUGCGGACCAAAAGAAAGCUAUAACUGAUCUUGGCAACUACUUAUCCACAAAUUUUCCCGGUCGUGCCACUUUCGCCGUAUUACCUCUAGAAGAACAAAGCAAAACAGCAAUUAUAAUCGUCAGUACAAAAUAUAACCCUAGCAAUUUUUGGAAUGGUCAUUGGAAGUCUGAAUAUGUAUAUGAUAAGACAGAAGGGAAACUAUCUGGGACAAUAGACAUAGACGUGCACUACUAUGAAGAUGGUAAUGUGAAAUUCCAUUCCAGUAAAUUGGUGGAAGAAACUAAUAUUAAAGAUCCAGUAGCAUCAAUUAAAGAACUGGAACAUAAGUUUGAACAAGAUUUACAAGAGUCCUUCACUGACUUGAAUGAGAAGCAAUUCAAGUCUUUGAGAAGAAGAUUGCCAAUUACAAGGGCAAGAGUCAACUGGGGUAAAGCCAUUGGUAACUACCGACUAGGUAGGGAUGCUGCCCAAGGUAAAUAG